AUGCCUUCGAUGCCAAUUGUGGGUGCACUCCUGGAGUUAUUCCAGGAGAAACCAGCCAUUUGGACCUGGCCCACGUGGCAAGGGAUUACUAACCUCAGCGGUCCUCCGUACGCACAGCCAGCAGUGGAUCACAAGCCGUCCGAUUGGUCAGAUGAGGUAUACGAGUCUGUGAACGCUUUCAUUCACAAUUUCCACAUGCAAGAGAGCACAAACGCGCGACAUGCAUAUAUUACGACUGGGAAGCUGGUCAAGACGAAGAAGGGUAAGUCUGCGGUGACAAGAGACAACAACUCUCAAGGGCGGAAGGUGUGGAUCGAUUGGGUUGGAGCGCGUUGGAGUGAGUGGAAGCUCAACGAUGUGAUCGACGCCACGCUCACCGAGGAUGGGUUCUCACUCACCAAGAUCAUGAAGUUGACGAAUACACGAGAGCUGCCUUCGCUGGACCGCAGCCAGGUCUCAUCUCAGUAUGGAGCUGUCGCGGAUGCCCUGUUUGGAGAAGAGGUCUGGGUGAUGGACUCGCAUGUCAAUCCUGAUGCCCAUUUGUUUGUCACACAAGUGAUGGCGUGCGUUUGGAACAGGUAUCGUAAGGCGAUUAAUUGGAAGGCAAAAGGAUUGGACAAGCGUAUUGAGAGAGCGGAACGAAUGUGGAAGGAGUUGCCGAAGGCGAUUCGUGAUGCUCUGCAGCAUCCCGCAUCGGAAAACAAGAUUGUGAUCUUGACCGGUGAUCUGAUCAAAAUGAUCAGAGGAGAGGCCGAUCGCGCCAAAGGCGUUCUGCAAAUUGAGUUGGAAGACGCGCUCCCACUCAAUAACUGGGAGUCGGGGACGGAAGCGUUUCAAGAAUGGGAUACAAUGAAGGUCAUGGGAGUGCUGGGCAUUCUGGCUGAUGGAAUGCCAUUUUUUAAUAAGAAGGAGCACCCAGGUGGUGCAUUAGACCCGUGGACGGCAGAAGGCCAGAAGGUGGCAGCGAGUCCAGACGUGGUCCCACUGGAGCCACGCUGGCACCAGUACGUGGGGAUGCUGCAAAUGGCGCAGCGUAUGAUGGACGGCAAGCCGACGCUUCAAAUGGACGAAGUAGGAGUCGGAAAGACCAUGCAAGCCAUUGGUCUGAUCGCGCUUCGCGCGUAUUACCGUGAAUACUUCGUGCAACACGAGCAAUUUCCGGGGAUGUUUGUGAAUUGCUGCUGUGUGACCAAGGACGGCAACUUGACGAACAAGCCGCCAAUAUUCGUCGUCCUGGUCAAUCUGUUUGCACAGGUGCAGGCAGAAAUGCACCACUACCUUGAGAAGGAUGCAUUUGAUCUGUUCAUGUACGCUGGCUCAGUGGACACGCAGCAGCAAUUUUGGACGGACAAAGUAUUUGGCAGAUCAAAGCACGCGCUUCACCAUCGUAUAAUUUUAGCAACGUCUACGGCAGUACAAUCUGACGCGGACAAGUGUUUCGCGACGAAGAAGGACAAGUGGGUGGCUCCGAGCACGGGGGCAAAGAGUAGGCGCUGGGCGCCCAAGACAGUCUAUGGGCACAAGUUCGGCCUGUGCGUCAUUGACGAGAGUAGGCGCUGGGCGCCCAAGACAGUCUACGGGCGCGAGUUCGGUCUGUGCGUCAUCGACGAGGCGCACUUGGGCCGGACGAUGAACAAGCUGUUCACGGCGUCGAUGUGUCUUGGCGAGCGAAGCCGAGCAGUGGUGGCGAUGACUGCCACUCCGGUGCUUACGAAGCCAGGCGACUUGUCAAGAAGAAUCAAUAGCGCAAGGCGACGAGAUAUGCAUCGUCUCAAGGAUACCUUCGAAGAGAACUAUCAAGAGGUUCUAGAUAUGUUGUUGAAGAACACGCAGGUCGCGUCUAAUCCAAAAUCUGAGUAUCAUGUGGAGAUCAUGAAGGCACUUGCAGAUAUACGCGAGAAAUUCAAAGGUGCCAUCGUUCGUCGAACGGUAAAUUCGCUGGACUACAUGGGGAGUCAAAUCUCAGGAUUGGCCGACUACCAGGAGCACAAGCUCCUGGAGUACGUCACGGGGCUGACCAAAGAUCUGAUUUCCGAGGGUGGUCGUGAAGCGGUGUUUCAAAUGGGCAAGAGUUUUUAUUUGGGAAUUCGGCGGUCGCUUACCCAUAUCGGCUGUUACGAUGCGUCGUGGGAGGCUCCUACCAAUGCGGAGGAAGCGGAGAAGGAGAUCUCCACGAAGAUCAAAGCGGUACUGGAGAUACUCGAGUAUCAUCUCAAGGAGGAUGGCCUGCCGCCUCUGCUCACGCCAGAGUCAGAGCCGGUAUUGGAGAACGUCCUUGCACCCGCCCCAAAUGCCGUUAAGGAGCCGCGCGGAGAAGGAGCCGCGCUGGACAAAAUUAUUGUCUUCGUCGCAUUCCCUGCCAAUCUCGAGGUAAUAUUGCCAUUCUUUGAGUUCUGUAACAUUACCUGGAUUGAAGUUACAGGGAACGUCACCAUGAGUCAAUGGGCAAAGAGAAUUCAGCAAUUCAAAGACAGCGGGUACGCAGACCUGUGCGUUCUCAUCUUCUCGGGCAUUGGAUUAGUCGGACUGAAUUUGGUGUGCACGAACAUAUUAAUUAUGAUGGAUACUUUAUGGUCGGCGCAAGAGGAUUCACAACUCAUUGGGCGCGUAUGGCGGCAUCCGCAACCAAAGCAGGUGCACGUCUACCGCUUGAUCGCAUGGAACACGCCAGACAUGUUCCUGAAUCGUAUCUCAUUCGACAAGGCAACAAUGAUGAAGGCCUUUACGGGGAUGCCGGGUCCGAUGCGCAACUUAUUCGGCCAGGAGUCUGAUGCAGCGGAUGUGCUCGAUGACAGCACGUCCAAUAUUGAAGAAAUACCUGAGCCAAAGAGGAAGAAGAACACUGGCGCCACAAAGUCGAACACGGGCAGGAAAGGGAAAAAAUCCGCGCUGAUUGUCAUGGACAAUGAAGAUGAGGCAGGGCCAUCCAGGACGUCCAGCGCUGCUCCGGCUUGCCCUGUGCCAGCACCCUGUCCGCACAAAGGCCCUCUGGCCCAAGACCUUGCGCCCAGCCUCCCCGCGCUGACACCAAUUGUGCCCACAGCCCCGUCAGCCCCAGUCCCCGCCCCCAGGCAGGCAAGACCGUCCACACAGGCAGGGCCGUCCGUGACGCCCACGGCACCCUUCCAUCUUGAUUUGGCAGCUGAUGUCGUCAUGAGGCACGGCGAUUGGUCAGGAAUGAGUUCGCUGGUGGAUGAGUCUUCCAAGUCAGAUACAUCGUCUUCAGCGGGUCAGCAAUUGCCAACGAAUGACGAGGCACGAAUGCCCGAUCUUGCAGGGAUGCAGAAUCUGGGUCUGCAGAAUCUGGGUCUGCAGAGCGUUGAUCCCAUGACUGAAGACUUGGAACUGCUUACUCCGCCUCUGGGUACGCCUCCUGCUGUUAAGGGACCUAACAACUGGGGAUCAGGAGUUCAACUGUUAAACGGUUACUGGGACUAA